AUGGUUCGCGGGCACGCAAAAGCACAAGCGCAAGCUGCUGCUCAGAAGAAGGCCGCAGGAGGUAAAGGAACAGGCAAGAGUCAGCUGGGAGAGGCCAGAGCGGCAGGGUUGAGGACGUUCAUGUGUAAGAAGUGCUUGAUUGGCAUUCCAUCAUACAAGAUCCUCGUCGUUCAUUACGAAUCCAAGCAUCCAAAGGACCCAGUCCCCUCGGAGGAGAGUUUUGCUACAAAGGCCUAGACGAGAGCGCAACACAAUACGAUACGAUACCCCGUUACAUCCUCUACCUACGCUCACGUCUGCAUUGCCGCCGCCUUGAAUGCCUCAAUCGCCUGUCGGCAGCCAUGCUCAAACUCCCACGCCUGCCCC